AUGGAGGGUUUCAGAUCGAGGGGCCACAACGACGGAAGGAUGCAGCUUGGGGCCUACGGCGGCCGGCCGCCCCCUCCCCCUUCCGGCGUAUACGAUUUGAGGAGCUACAGCGCGUCCUCCGCCUCCUCCGCCCACCCAGGCAGCGGCUACGCUGGAUACGGUACCAGGGAGGUCAAGUUGGGCAAAGGGAAGGCGGCAUCCGGUUCCUCCAAGAAGGGGUGGGUCUUCAGCGACCCGGAGUUCCAGAGGAAGAAGCGGGUGGCGAGCUACAAGCUCUACGCCGUCGAGGGGAGGGUGAAGGGGUCUCUUAGGAGGAGCUUCCGGUGGCUCAAGGAUAGAUACACCCUGGUGGUUAAUGGCUGGUGGUGA